AUGGGAAGUGUUGUAACAGAAAAAGUGAAGCUUCUUGUGGCAUUGCUGGCUCUCCAGUUCUGCUUUGCAGGGUUUCACAUUGUGUCUAGACUUGCACUAAACAUUGGUGUCAGCAAAGUUGUAUAUCCCGUCUAUAGAAAUAUAAUCGCUCUGUUUUUGCUGGGCCCUCUUGCUUAUUUCUUGGAGAAGAAUCGAAGGCCACCUCUUACUUUUUCUUUACUGGUUCAGUUCUUCCUUUUAGCGUUACUGGGAAUUACUGCAAACCAGGGGUUUUACUUGUUGGGACUAUAUUAUGCAUCUCCAACGUUUGCUUCUGCAAUGCAAAACUCAGUUCCUGCCAUCACCUUUGUCAUGGCCUCAGCUCUAAGGCUUGAGGAACUCAACAUUGCAAGAAGAGAUGGACUGGCAAAAGUUAUAGGAACCAUUGCCAGUGUGGGAGGCGCUUCUGUGAUUACACUCUACAAAGGACCUCCUCUUCUCCACCAGAUGGACCAUGUUCAAGCAAACCCUACCUCAGAAACAGACCAAUCUUCCAUGAAAAUGCAAAAUUGGACAUGGGGUUGCAUAUACUUGCUUGGACAUUGUCUAUCAUGGGCUGGCUGGAUGGUUUUUCAGGCUCCUGUGGUGAAGAAGUAUCCAGCAAAGCUAACACUCACGUCAUUUACAUGCUUCUUUGGAUUGAUCCAGUUCUUGAUCAUAGCAGCCUUUGUAGAAACUGAUACGGAGCAUUGGAAAAUACAAUCCACAGAGGAGCUUUUUACUAUCUUAUACGCUGGAGUUGUAGCAUCUGGCAUCGUCAUCUCUCUCCAAACGUGGUGCAUUCAGAAAGGCGGUCCUGUGUUUGUUGCUGUCUUUCAGCCCCUGCAAACGUUUUUAGUUGCUGUUAUGGCAGCCCUGAUACUUGGUGAUCAGUUAUACUCUGGAGGUGUCAUUGGUGCAAUUCUUAUUGUGCUUGGCCUCUACUUGGUCCUAUGGGGCAAAACUCAUGAAAAACGGAUGACUAUUCCAGAGGAGCCAUCAUUAACCAAGCCACUGAUUAAUUCUGAAGAGACCAGAAGAGUUGAUGCAGCUGCAGAAGACAUACCCUGA